UCAAAGAAAAGUGGCAUACAAACAAACAUGUAGACAAUCAUACUCGUUUCCUAUUCAUUUUCAUGCUCCAUGCUUCUUUUCUCACCUACUACCACAAGCUUCUUUGUUCUCCAUUUCCAUAAAGCAAACCACUUCUUUCAACUUCAUGUUUCUUCUUACAUCUCCCUCUUUCUUUUUCUCUUUGCUUAUUCCUCAAUACAUGGAUUGAUUUGACAAAAAGCUUCGACUCACAAGUUAAUCUAGUAAUAUACAUAAUGAGUCAUGUGAUUCAACAUCAUGCUACCAUUAAUUCUACUAGUCCCUAAAUUUCAUCAUUCAAGGAAAAUCAUUGCUUAAAAUGGAUCCAUUCAAUCAGAGUCACCAAAAGAACAACUUUAGGUACAAUCCAAAUUUGAACAAAACAACUCAAUUAGUUGAAGAUGAUGAUGAUGAAGAAGAAGAUCAAGAUUUCAUAGGACUACUAGAUAUCUUUGUUCAUCAUGCUAGCAAUAUUCAUAACAUAUGCAUCUAUGAUAACCAAGAUGUAUAUGCAAAAUUCUCCCUCACUUACAACCCUGAUGAGACUCUUUCAACAAGAAUCAUCAAUAAAGGUGGCAAAAAUCCAACAUUCAAUGAAAACUUGAGGAUGAAGAUAACUCAAGUGGAUGCUUUAUUGAAAUGUGAAAUUUGGAUGUUUAGUAGGUCAAGAACUCACAUGGAGGAUCAACUUUUAGGGUUUGCUUUGGUACCAAUUUCACAAAUUGUUGGAAAAGGAAAAGUAUCUCAAGAUUAUAGUCUUUCUUCAACUGAUCUUUUUCAUUCUCCAGCUGGAAUUGUCCAAUUAACUCUUUCUUUAGACACAUCUUUGAUAUCGGAAUCGGCUAAUAGUUCAUCAAUAUCGUCGGAGGUUAUUUUCCUUGAUCGAAAAGUUUCCGAAGUUAUGUUGGAUCCAAUUGAGUAUUCAAGAAUUGAGUUUCCUGAUAUAAGUGUUGUUAAGGAGAAUCAAGAAAUGGUUUCUGAGUAUUUCAAUCUUGCUUGUGCCUCAAGUAACAACAAAAACUCGAGAAAGUUUCUUCCUUUUCUUCAUCUUGGUUCAUCUCCUCAACUUGAUGAUUAUGAAAUGAUGGACUUGAGUUCACCGGACGAGAAACGAGUCAAUUCCAUUUCGGUUUCUCCGAAUGAAAGCAUUCAGAAUUCCGGUUUUGUAAGCUCGAUUAUCACAAGCUUAAGUGAUGAUAGAAAUUCAGGAGAUUCAAUUGAGAAAAAGAAUCAUUUAGGAGAUGAUACACCAACAUCAAAUAAAGAAGUUGAAUCAAGAGAUGAUGAGAAAGAAGAGAAAUUUCUAAAUAAAGGAAAGGAAUGCAAGAAGGAUAGGAAGAACAUAGAAGCUAUAAAAUUUGGACAUGUUUUUUCUUCUUCAUUAGGGAAUAUUAAUCUUGAAGCUGAGGAAUGUGUUAUGCAGAAGCAAAUAGUGGACAUGUAUAUGAGGAGUAUGCAACAAUUUACCAAGUCCUUGGCGAAAAUGAAGCUUCCGAUGGACCUCGACAAACCUGAAAGAGAAGACCAUAGUUGCGAUGAAAUUCAAAGUCACGAGAGCGAAAAAUUAGAAAAUGCUACGAAGAAAAAGGAUGGAUCGCGUGUGUUUUAUGGAAGUCGGGCGUUUUUCUAAUAACUUUCAAUUGUGGUUGUGACUGCACGAUUGUAGUUGUAUCAAUCACAUUAUUUUGUAAUAUCGAAUAUCGCAAUGCCACUUUAUCUUUUAAGAUUAUAUAAACCCAAAACAGACGACUUAACGAGUAUGUGAAAUUUUUCGGUGAUGUAAUUGUGGUAAAGUUUUUGUCAAUUUAGGAUUUGUUUGGAUUGAUUUA